UAUAUAUACUAUUCCUUAAAAUUUAUUAACUUUAUUGUAUGUCUGAAACUACUGGAAUAUGGACAAAAUCAUGUUGCAUAUCAAAAAGAUUAGAUGGAAAGUUGGCUAUUGUCACUGGAUCUAGUGCAGGAAUUGGUUUGAUUACAGCUGGUGAAUUAGCCCGUCGUGGUGCUAAGGUAAUCAUGGCAUGCAGGAAUUUAUCGAAAGCUGAAGGCGUGAGAAAACAACUGUUGGAGAAAUAUGGUGUUAACAAUCCAGACAGCGUGAAUAUUGAUAUAGCGUGUAAAGACGUGACUCAGUCAUUGAGUCCAAUUAAAAAUGAUCAAUUGAUUAUUGAACAACUUGAUUUGGCCUCUCUGGAUUCAGUCAGACAGUUCGCUGAUCGAAUAAACUCCAAGUAUACCGAGUUGGACAUUCUAAUCAAUAAUGCUGGUCUAAUUGUCGGUAAAUACGAGAAGACAGUUGAUGGCUUCGAAAUGACCAUAGGAGUUAAUCGUUUAGGACAUUUCCUGUUGACAGAAUUGUUGUUACCACUGUUGAAGCGAUCAGCUCCAUCAAGAAUAAUUAAUGUGUCCUACAUGGCACACUAUGCCGUUCGAUUGAGUAAACCAGAUUUGCAGCUUCCCGAGGGUGAAUACAGUGAACUGAAGGCCUACAGUCAGUCGAAACUAGCAAAUGCGAUGCACGCAGUUGAGUUGAGUGAGCGAUUGCAAAAUAGUGGAGUGACGGUGGUUAGUUUACAUCCUGGUGCAGUGAAGACUGAAAUUCAAAGUUGUGUCAAAGGAUUUUUUAGUAAAAUGUUUGUUACACUAGUGUGACCGUUUUUCAUCGAUUCAUGGUAAGGUGCAC